AUGCCUUACACGCCGCCCUCCCAGCGGUCUCCUGCCUCCUCCAAAACCAACAGCCCUAUUCUCAGCCGCAACCAUUCAUACAGCGAGGGGUGCUUGAGCCCGCAGUCGACCAGUGCGGCUCACCGGCCGGUCCUUCCCCACUCUUCUGCGUCGUACUUGAGCAAGCACCGCCGCACACCGUCAAUAUCGCAGUCUCCCCAGGAUGGAUCCCAGGUGUCGGUGACACACACAAAUGGUAGUGCCCACCACGCCAAGCUGCCCUCGAUGAAGCUGUUGAUACCCGUAGGUGCUGAGUCCACUCCCCCAGACUCUGUGCAGAACUCCGACGAUGAGGACCGGGGCCGCCAUUCUGGAAAAAUAGCCGAGCUGCAGGAGGCCCUGCAGAGCAUCGAAGUCAAGCGCGGCCACUCCCCUGAGAGACAUGUUGCUGGCACCGCCUCGGCCCCUCGCGAGUCAGUGCCGCCCAACGGCCCGACCAGGCCGGCUCUCACGCCGGAGGCUCGGAAGAUCUCGCAUUCUAGGUCCUCGAGCGAAAUACAGCUCUCCAAGCGGGCCCCCCCUAACCUUGCAAGCUCCCCCAUCCAAACAUCAGACGAGAGCGAGGAGGAUGAGGGCCUGACGAUGAAGCCCCCGCUUCUCCGCAAGAAAUCGGGAGAGCUAGUGAAGCCGGCCCUUCGGCCCUCCUCCCGGAAUCGUCGCCGGCCGUCGAGCAUGCCGGGCACUCCCUCCUUCUCCAAGGCCGUGCACUUCAACGACGACAUCGAACAGGUCCGCCACUUCCUGCAGGUCGACCGCCCCAUUGCUGUCAGUGCUGGUUCAUCGCCUGUCGAGACGUACGACAGCGAGUCCGAGUAUCCGUUCGGAUACGACGAUGGCAACGGCUACGCCUCGUCUCGCCGUUCGCGGGUCGAAUGGGAGCUGCGAUUGGCCAACUUCCCCCGGGACACUUUCGAGCGGAAAACCCUGCCUGUGCGCGUUGAGAAGAUCGCUUUGUCGCCUGAUAGUUCCACCCUCGUGGGCACGGUUGCUGUUGCGAACCUUGCGUUCCACAAAGCAGUGGUGGCCCGCUUUACCCUGGAUUACUGGAAGACCACCUCAGAGGUCGGUGCCGAAUACAGUGACGAUGUGCGUCGCAAGCAGGCCCACGACGGAUGCGACCGCUUUGUCUUCAACAUCAAGUUGGCCGACCUUGCCAACCUCGAGUCGAAGACGAUGCUGCUCUGUGUGCGCUAUACGGUGAACGGUGCCGAAUACUGGGAUAACAAUAACUCGAUGAACUUCCAGAUCGACUUCAUCAAAAAGUCUCUGCCGAAGAACACGAGGGGCAAGCAGGGAUCUGCUGGCACCCUUGGUGCGAUACCACGUAGCAGGCAUUCCCCACCCGCGGCCCGACCGCGGUCCAUGCCCAUUCCUCUCGACGACGAUUUCGGCAACAACUUCGAGUCCAGGUACACUUUCGGUUCGCGCAACUCGAAUUCGAGCGAUAGCCUGCAGCCUCCAAUUAGGCUGAAGAGCAAGAACAAGCCAUCGAAGGCCAACCUGUUCCCCGACCAGCCUAACUCCAAGCCGUCCGCGAGUCAGCAAGCGUUCUCCACCCGUUACGACUUCUCGACCUCGCUGUCUCAGGCGUUGUCCAGCGCGCAGACCGCUCUCGGCGAUCGCAGCGGCAUCAAGAGAAGUAACAAGCCAAGGGCCGGCGAUUACUUCAGCCUUCAGGGCGAGGCCCCCUCGGCUAACAAGUCGACCUCGCCACGACCGGACCAGCUGUCAUCGGAGAAGCCGGAUUUGAAGUCGGCAGAGUACAACGAACUAAUCCAGAAAUACUGUUUCUUCGGAUCCGGAAGAGGCUCUCCCCAGGUCUCUAGUCCCAAGGCGGUCGUCUCUUCCGACGGAGCUCGCGACAUCGAAUCCGACGGAAGCACGUCCAGUCCCCUAGGAUCUGGAUCAAACAGCCCCAGUCCCCCAAAGGAAGCGCCGUCGUCGAUGGACGGCGCCAUGGACCACAAGCUUCCGGCUCGCGCCGCGAGCCCUUUUUUAUCUAGGUCGGCGUCACCCGGACCUGUGACAGGGUCCGAUUUUGGCGACCGCACCACUCCUCCUGUUUCUUUCGGCUAUCCGUACAACAUGCAUGGAGGCAUCUCUUUUGAGACGCACACUCCCAAGGCGAUACUCGGUUAG